UGCAGCCGAUGGAGCUUUCGCACAAACCCGCGACACGCACCGAAAAGCCUGUGAUGGCACACCGAACAUGGCGAAAGAAUAGAGGAUGUGAAAGGAGGUUGCAUAAGCUUCUUCGUGUUUGCUUGGUGGAUUGAGGGCGUCAAGCAACCGUGAUGAUGGCUUUGGAUGAAAAAUUGAGAACCUGCAUGCGCCUACUUGGACUCCCCCGACCGCAUCCUAAUCGCCCUCAACACGACCGACCUACGCUGCCUCGCUUCCAGGAAUACCAGAUCAUCGGGCGCCAUCUGCCUUCCGAGGCCAACCCUGCGCCAAAGAUCUACCGUAUGCGCAUCUUUGCGCCCAACGAGGUCGUCGCCAAGUCACGGUUCUGGUACUUCCUUGGCAAGCUCCGCAAGAUCAAGAAGGCCAACGGUGAGAUCGUCUCCGUAAACCAGAUUCACGAGAAGAAGCCCCAGAAGGUCAAGAACUUCGGUAUCUGGAUCAAGUACGACUCGCGCUCCGGCACCCACAACAUGUACAAGGAGUACCGUGAGAUGUCCCGUGUCGCCGCCGUCGAGGCUCUUUACCAGGACAUGGCUGCCCGUCACCGAACGCGCUUCAGGUCCGUUCAGAUCCUCAAGGUCGUUGAGGUCGAGAAGGCCGAUGACCUCCGCCGACCAUACAUCAAGCAGCUCCUCACCAAGAACCUCAAGUUCCCGCUGCCCCACCGCAUCAACAAGAAGGCGGGCAAGAAGGUCUUCGCUGCCCACCGCCCAUCCACUUUCUUCUAAGCGUGUUUCUUAUUACGGAGUGCGGUCUGGAUGGGAAGGAUUGUUAUGGGUUUCCCUCGGUUAUGCAUGCUUCACGAAAAGAAGUACACUAGGAACGAAUGAAAAUCCCUGAUACCU